AUGAGGUUCUUUAUGUUAAUCUCAGAUACGGCUUUAACUCACAAUGAGGAUAGCAAAGCAGUGAUAGCAAGAAACAGGAAGCUAAAGGGGCAUGGCUAUGCUUCAAGCACAGCUAAGAGUAAUGCAGGUGGCCUCUAUAUGGAAGAUUACCACCCUAUUGAUCCAGUUCCAAGUUCAAAAGCUUCGGUAAAACCUGGACCCAUCCAGCAUGGCACUCCCCUUAUGCCCUAUAUACCAAAACCUUCGCCUCCUGGUCAACCGAAGCAUGGUGGGUUUCCUUAA